UCCACCAUAGUAUAGCUCAUUCGUUGAAAUUUCCUUUUCGCAUCUCGUCUAGCUUUGCGUCAGUAAGUGAUGCGUUUUCUUAUCCGUGUAAUCCCUUAACAUCGUAAUACAUAUAAAAUAUUAACUUACAUAUUGCAUUCGUUGAAUUUUCUCUGUGUUCAACGGUUAACAUAAUUCCAGCAUUUAAUACAAUCUUGUUAUAUUAAUACAAAUUUUAAUUUAUAAGUUAAGAUGGGGCGCCGACCAGCGAGAUGUUAUCGGUACUGCAAGAACAAGCCGUAUCCAAAAUCCAGAUUCUGUCGUGGUGUCCCCGAUCCGAAAAUCCGUAUUUUCGAUCUUGGCAAAAAGAAAGCUUCUGUUGAAGAUUUUCCAUUAUGUGUACAUUUGGUAUCUGAUGAAUAUGAACAGCUCAGCUCUGAAGCUUUGGAAGCUGGGCGAAUUUGCGCAAACAAAUAUAUGGUGAAAAAUGCUGGAAAGGAUCAAUUCCACAUUCGUAUGAGACUGCAUCCUUUCCAUGUAAUCCGCAUCAAUAAGAUGUUAUCGUGUGCUGGAGCUGAUAGGCUCCAAACGGGAAUGAGAGGUGCUUUCGGCAAGCCUCAGGGCACUGUAGCUAGAGUGCAUAUCGGUCAGCCUAUCAUGAGCGUUCGUUCUUCUGAUCGCCAUAAGGCGGCCGUUAUCGAAGCUUUACGACGUGCCAAGUUCAAGUUCCCUGGUCGUCAAAAGAUCUAUGUAUCGAAGAAAUGGGGCUUCACGAAGUACGACCGUGUUGAAUACGAGGAACUGAAAGCUGCAGGCCGUCUUGCUCCAGAUGGUUGCAAUGUCAAGUAUUUGCCUGAACAUGGACCGCUCGAAGAGUGGAAAAAAUUCAGGAAGGCACUUGCUACAGCCUAAAUUGGUACAAAACAUUUUGAACAUGUGAUUAAAUAAAAUAAUUGCAAAAAAG